GUUGUCUUAGUCAAUAAGGAGUUGUGACAUGAGGAACACCACCAUCAGUUUACCUGAGGAGGAACACUAGCAGGAUAUAUUGCUAUGGAAACAUGUGAGAAAUAGCGAGGGAGAAAACACUUCUGAUUUCUGUAUAACUAACGACAGACCAUCCACUCUGUUUUCCUUUGCUGGGUUUCACAUAAUUCUUUCAGGAUCGACAUUUAGCAUCAGUCUUCUUUAAGUAUCCCAGCUCCAGAUUUUGGUACAAAUGCUAUUGCACAGAGCAAAGCAGGGAAAAUCAUUUUCUGAUAUUUGAACUGAAGUGAGAAUAUUCACCAUAGAAAGUGUUAUUAUGGUGUGACCAUUUUUGGAAGUUCCACUGCCCUGGGUAAAGUCUGUAUUUAUUCCUUUACUUUGGCAGCUCUAUACUCAUGUCGUCAUCCCUGCAGUUCUAUAUAAGUUCCCUGGUUGCAGCUGUCUGCUCUAGGUCUCUCUUCUGGAUCAUCAUGAAGGGCUUCUCCACCCUGGUACUGCUGUUCUCAGUGGUGCUGCUUUGCAGCGCUGAUCCAAUUUUGGAGCCAGUAACAUGUGGCGUAGAAAGUAUUGAUGUGGCAGCACGUUUUGCGAUACAUCACAUCAACGAGCAUCAUAACCACGGCUACAAGUUCAAACUCUUUGGGAUCAUCAGCAACAACACAGAAAAGGUAUGAAACAAAGAAUAAGCAGUGACUGCACACAUGUGCUCAGUUGUGUUCUAAUUUGAAGAUUUUGGUGGAAGCAACGGGAUUAUUUCUUUUUCUGUUUUGUCCAACACCUGGCAAGGCACAUUUCUUAUUGAAGGACGCUUCUUAUCAGCUGGACACACUUUAAACAAUUGCUUUGCCAGUAUCAGCUCAGAUACACAGCAGAAUAGACUGUAUCUUAUAAAGAGGUCUCUCUUUUCUUUUAACCUCUUCAAACACUUUUACAUCAUAUGGCUCAUUCACCCACAUCACACUUGUACACUGACAGCUACACUGUGCUCAUCAUCGGCCUAAUUCACACACUGCUUGUAAAGCAUGUAGAGAGAACUUUAAGCAUGUACAAUAACUUAAAAUCAACUGUAUCAAGUACGCAACAUUUGACUCGUGGUCAUAUUUAGGUAACUGUUAUUCAAAGUUUUCAUUUCUGUACUUUCCAGACUGACGAAGGCUGUACAAUACAACUAGAUUUAAAGCUUUCAGAGACAAACUGCCAUGUUGUCAACCCAAAACCCUACGAGGACUGCUCCACCAGAAGAGAUGACGAGGGGGUAAAAACCAAACUAAUACUUGUUUAAGUUAGCUCCUGUACAAGCCAUGCAGCACAUUUAUCUUGUUGUCGGUCAAACUGAUUAUAUAUUUUGUGUCACAGAUAAGUGAUUUUUUUUUCCUGAUUAAAUCCCUUUCUCUGUUUCAACAAAGCCAGUGGAAGCCAACUGCAAUGUGACGAUGUCUAUAAAAGCCAAAGAUGCCAAAAUCGACCGUUAUUCAUGUGACACGCACACAGGUAGGCUUUAGAUUAGGUAAAACUUUAUUGAUCCUUUGGGGAAGGUUUCUUCAGGGAAAUUCAAAAUUAAAACCUCACUGUAUGUAAAUAAAACUUUAUUUUGUCAAACCCUUUUUAUUGUGUUCAAGGUUUUCAACUUCACAGAAAGAUUUAGCCGAGCCCAAGAAGAUGACAAGACCUACUAAAAUCCUAACACAUUGUUUCUCUCAAGGGAAGGGAGGACAGCUUGCAGAGGUCAAACCAGAUCGUGUCUACUUGCACUUAAAAAAAUCAAUGGUAGACUCUUAAGCACUGAAAACUUUGUUUUUCAAAUCUGAAACAGUGAUCUGGAGAACUUUUUUUGUGAUAUGGGCCCACUGAGAAAACUUUGUUGUUGUUUUUUAGGAUCACAAUCAGGUGUUCUGAGUCAGGAGAUAAACUCACACACAUCAAGGUCAGCUGUAACAAUAAAUCUGUGUGUUUGUAGAAUUUGAAGCCAGUGACCUGGUAAGGAGGUGCCCCGACUGUCCUCUACUCAUCUCACUCAAAAGCAAAGAAGGUGUUCAAGCUGCUGAAGCGAUUGUACAACAGUUCAACCAGGACAACCAGAACAACCAGCAGCACUACUUCGUCCUGCAGGAAGUGGGCCGAACACGAGUUGGAGUGAGAGAUCUUUUUAUGUUUAUAUUCUUAUUUUUCAGUGUGGUCAUUUGAAAUGGAUUAACUAAAAGCUUUGGCAGCCAAAAUUAAGUACAAAACUGCAUUACUUGUAUGUUUGUGAGGUUAAAUGACUCAGUAACAUCUCCUCCUUCUCUCAGUAUAUACCAGGAAUGGGGACACAAUACUAUAGCGAGGCCGUCCUCGUGGAGUCCCAUUGCCCAAUGUCAUCUAGGAUAGUUCCUCAGGCGUGUGAGCCCUUGUGCCCUGACAGAGCUGUAAGUAUAAAUAACAAAGACGGUAGCUUUAGAAAAAUAUAAAGCCACACUUUGACAAAGGGACUAUAAAUAAUUGUUUAAUUAACUUUUUAGAUCACUUUCAGUUUGACUUUUUAUUCAAUGCAAUGUUUAGCAGAAGACAGAAUAUAUUAUUCUAUAUUCAUGUUACAAAACAAAUCUCAUUUAAUCUACACAAUUAUAUUCUUUGUCUUUCAAUAUUUUUUUAACUCUUGUCCUGUGCAAGACAAUAACCGUGUGUUCCUUAAUAGACAUAUAUAGUUUGACCCCUAAAACCAUCAGUGAGGACUGUGUUGGAUCUUAUUUUGACAGUAGGCUUAUACACGUGAAUGGGCUCAAUCUAAUGAAUAGUCACAGCUUUAAAAAUCACAACUUUCUUGGUAGUAAUAAUCUUAGUCUUUUACAAGGUUGUUAGUAAGGUUAAAAAUAGCAGCUUUCUCUGUUAGCAAGCAUUUCAUUCGUUGUUAGUCACAGAGAUGGUUUCUUACUCUCGUUCUCUCCCUCCUCUUUUCAAAGCAACAUGCUGUCUGCAAAGCAGCAUACGCCUCAAUGAGCGGAGAAAUCCGUGAUCUUAGGUGUGACUUGUUCCAAGCAUUGGUGAGUUCAAAGUUUAAUCCCAGAAUGUUCAGUAACUUUAGCUCUUGCUCUACCAUACUAGAAAAUUCUGUCCUAAUUCCCCAAGAAUCUGUGUAAAUAUAGACAAUAAACUGACACUACCUUUUGGCUCUGUGCUCAAUAGAACUCUACUGCCCUUGUCCCCGGUGAGCAGGAACCUGAAUGUGCGAUUCAGCUUCCCAUCGACCCCCCUGGUCCUCCUGGCACACAAGGACCUCCAGUACCCCCUCCCCGCCCCUUUCCACACGCUGACCGCUGUCAUAAAGAUUUCUCACUUGAGUUCCACCCAAUUUGCCCCUGGCCUUAGCCUGUCUCCUAACAUCUGUAAUGUAUGCCAUCAAGGUUAAAGUCCUUCAAGAGAACUACACAACACAUCAAAUAAACCAUCAAGAUGUCGAUCAUUUUGCAGGUGUGUCUUCAUUUGGUCUUUUUUUAAUCGGCUCUGGUACUCAUAAAAGGCAGAAUGUUUCAGGUAACAUUUCCCAUGAACCCACC